AUGAAAAUUUAAAUCGUCGAUUCUGCUGCCAAGAUUUAUAAAGCCUUUGAUGAAUCAGAUUCCUCGAAAUGUGUCAGAUUUAAAUUCUUCACUAAUUAUAUGCUGGUAGAAAAUUAAAGGCUUAAGAUUUUCGAUUUUUCUGAGACUGUCCUCUAUUACGAAGACCAUAAAAAGUUCAUUAUAGCAAGAAUCAACGAGUUCACUAGUGAAUUGGAAAUUCAUAUUGCUGACAGUAGGGAAAUCAAAGAAAACUUAGAUUCAAUCGACCAGGGCUUGUUGGAAAUUUAAAGCUAAAUGAAGGAAAGUAUCGAAAUGCAGAAAUUCAAAAAAAUUGUCUCAAUUGACCUUAAGGAUGAUCUUUUCAUCAUAGUAAUGACAGAUCGAUUGCUGACAUAUUGUUUGGCCUCAUUGAUUCGAUGUUCAAGUGAAAAAGUUUCUCCUUAAGCAGAAGUAUUAUUCUAUCCCAUUCUUGUUUCUUUUAAACCUUAUGUCUCAGCAUACACAUUUGAUACGCUUUAUCUGUUUUAAAAAAUUGCUAGCUAUAGGAGCAAGACGAAUCAACUGAUGAUUAAUUACAAAAUCAUAGAUUUUAAACAUUCUGAUAAGCCUUAGUGUAAUUAAAAAAUAUCAUUCCAGAGCCCUUAAGUGGCUUAAUCUACAGAAACCAUGCUAUCCUUUAUAAAAAAAGUUAGAAUUCAAGGCAAAAAUUAACUUCAUUUGAGCAUCUGCACCUAAUUUAAGAAUCAAACAUAUAUAUAAAAAGUAGUCCAUGAAUUUGGAGAGACUUUAAUCAUUAAAUAAAAAUAAUAAUAUUUUAAGCAAUCUGAUGUUCAUUACAUAUAGAGUAUCUCAAACAAAAGCAAAGAGAGUAAGGUAUGGACUAAAUGAACAAAUAGAAUGUAUCCUAUAAACUAUGAAUUUUAUUCUGUUUUAAAAUAUAUCAACAAUUUCGGUAAAA